ACCAGUGUGUCCAAAGCUCAAACCUCUUACAAAACACAUUUUCACAUAGUCGAUGGGUAAAAGUCGAACUGUUGAGCCACGAAUAUUGCAGGAAAAAAGACUUGUCUUUACUGGAACAUGCAGUAGAGGAACCAGCUAUAGUAUCUUAUUCAUAAACACUGUGAAACUACUAAAAUUCACCCUGACAUGGACUCCUCCCCCAGGCUGGAUGCUGACCCGUUAACACUGCUUCAGCUACAGGAGGUGGACUCUAGCAAAUCCUCAGAGAGGUCAAGCUCCCCGGGAAUCAUAUCCGCCUCAUACAGCCCUCCUCUGGGCAUGGAUAGCCACACUGUCUGCAUCCAGUCUCCCUACACGGAUAGCAGCCACGAGUACGGCAAUGGACCUUUAACCUUCUACAGCCCGUCUGUACUCGGCUAUGCCAGGCUGCCCAUCACUGACAGCCCGUCCCCUCUGUGCCCCGCGCUUAGCCCAUCAGCCUUCUGGCCCUCCAACAACCACCCCAACAUGCCCUCACUGACUCCGCGCUGCCCUCAGCCUCUCGUCUACAAUGAUCACAGCCCACAUGCUCCCUGGCUGGAGCACAAAACCCACAGCAUCAACGCUAGCAGCUCCAUCAUCAGCUGUAACAAGCCGCUGGGGAAGGGAGUGGAAGACAUGGACUCCUCUUUGUGUUCGUCUGCGGUCGGGAAGGCGGACAUGCACUUCUGCGCCGUGUGCCACGACUACGCCUCCGGGUACCACUAUGGAGUGUGGUCCUGCGAGGGCUGCAAGGCCUUUUUUAAGAGGAGUAUCCAAGGACACAAUGACUACAUCUGCCCCGCCACAAAUCAAUGCACUAUCGACAAGAACAGACGUAAAAGCUGCCAGGCCUGCCGCCUACGGAAAUGCUACGAAGUGGGCAUGAUGAAGUGCGGUGUAAGGCGUGAGCGCUGCAGCUACAGAGGAGCCCGGCUCCGCCGUGGGGGGCUCCAGCCUCGGGCCCCCGCGGGUAGGGGUUUGGUCAGGGUGGGGCUGGCUUCCCGUGCCCCAAGGCAUCUCCACCUAGAGGUUCCUAUCGUCCCUGUGGACCCCCUCCCUCAGAUGUGCCAUGCUCACCACUCAACCAUGGGCCCAGAGGAGUUCAUCUCCCGCAUCAUGGAGGCGGAGCCGCCGGAGAUCUACCUCAUGGAGGACAUGAAGAAGCCCUUCACCGAGGCCAGCAUGAUGAUGUCCCUCACCAACCUGGCAGACAAGGAACUGGUCCUCAUGAUCUGCUGGGCCAAAAAGAUCCCUGGCUUUAUGGAGCUGAGUCUAGCAGACCAGAUCCACCUGCUGAAGUGCUGCUGGCUGGAGGUCCUGAUGUUGGGCCUGAUGUGGAGGUCUGUGGAUCAUCCUGGAAAACUCAUCUUCUCUCCAGACUUCAAACUCAACAGGGAGGAGGGCCAGUGCGUGGAGGGCAUCAUGGAGAUCUUCGACAUGCUGCUGGCAGCCACCUCUCGCUUUCGUGAGCUGAAGCUUCAGAGGGAGGAGUACGUCUGUCUGAAGGCCAUGAUCCUCCUCAACUCCAAUCUGUGCUCCAGCUCCCCUCAGACGGCCGAGGAGCUGGAGAGCAGGAACAAGAUGCUGCGUCUGCUCGACUCUGUGAUCGAUGCUCUGGUCUGGGCCAUCUCCAAGCUGGGCCUGUCCACCCAGCAGCAGACUCUGCGUCUGGGCCACCUCACCAUGCUGCUCUCCCACAUCCGCCACGUCAGUAACAAAGGCAUGUAUGCAGGAGUCACUGCCAGCAUUAUUUAG